UUUCUGCAAUUGCGUGCAUAGCGUUAUUUUUAUUUUAUUUCGUUUGUUAUUUUGAUCAGAAGCGGUAGUACCUUGCUCAAGGGAAACAUAUUAAAUUGUGAAUAAUGAUUCAACGUUUUAAUUAAUAAGUGCAUCAUGAGCGAACAAUUAUUAAACCACGUUCAAAUGAUUUUCUUAUUCUAAAGAUUUCAUUCGGAUUUUCCGUGUUCUAUUUCGCUCUGGCUAGUGUUUGUACUGUAUGUAAGAGUGAGAAGUGGACAAUCAAAUUAUAAUUGCAACGUUUACUUAAGUUCUAAAAUCAAAAUGUCAACAAGUGAGCAUGAUACUAUGAGUGAAGCGGCGUCUUCGCCGCUGUCGUACAUGGGGUCCCCGCAUCGGUCGCCGUGCCAGCAGGUGCCGCAGUUAGCUAAUGUCUUCACAGAACUUUCGUGUGCCGAAAUCAAUGGCUUAAACGGGAUGAAAGACAGGCCGUUCCUGCGCAUCGUGGAGCAGCCGCAGGACCACUUCCGGUUCCGGUACAGGAGUGAGAUGGUCGGCACACACGGCUGUCUGCUCGGCAAAACUAGCACCACCAGUAAAGUCAAGACGCACCCUAUGGUCGAGUUGGUGAAUUGGAACAAGCGAGCACUGAUCCGCUGCAGACUCGCGCAGCACCUCAAGCCGGACGAGCAUCCGCACCAGCUGCUCGAGGACGAGCAGGAAGACAGAGACGUCAACGCGGAGGUGCCGGAGCGCGGCAGCUACCGGGUCGGUUUUGCUGGCAUGGGCAUCAUACACACGGCUAAGAAAGAUGUGCCUACUCUGCUGUUCAAGAAAUAUAAGGAGAGACAAGGAAAACUUAUCGACAACAGAGAACUCAUGAGCUACUGCGAGACGGAGGCGCGAGGUAUCAAUCUGAACAUCGUGAGGCUGAGGUUUAGCGCGCACGAUAUCGACACAGACCGGGAGAUCUGCGCUGUAUUCUCCGAGCCUAUACAUAACAUGAAAAGCGCAGCAACCAACGACCUAAGGAUAUGCCGUAUAAGCAAAUUCCAUGGCCGUCCCAAAGGCGGCGAGGACGUUUAUAUUCUAGUGGAGAAAGUCAAUAAGAAAAACAUCGAGAUCCGCUUCGUGGAGCGGAACGAAAAUAAUGAAGAGGUUUGGUCGGCCAAAGCGCACUUUCUGCAGAGCGACGUUCACCACCAAUACGCUAUCGUGUUCAGGACACCAGCAUACCAGGACCAGCAGAUAACCUCCGACGUGAAAGUGUCCGUGGAGCUAGUGAGGCCAUCUGACGGGCGCUGCAGCGACCCUAAGGAGUUCACGUAUCGGGCAGACCCGCUCUCCAAUAAAACCAAAAAGAGGAAGACCAACACGCAGUCGCCUUAUGAUUCCUUUAGCAGCACUGGCUCUUUAGGGUCAAUAAAAAGUGUUGGUUUACCGGCCACCGUUAUGGAGUUAAAUCAACAACCACAAAAAUCAACUCCAGAAAACGAUUUUAUGAUGAACCUAAUGAUGCCUAAUGCCGUUCCCGUAAUGAUGGACACCCAAACCAGCGCCGACUUGGGCGACGCCCUAAUGGGGAUGGCGUGUGACCAAGAACAGAGCCAGAAUCCUUUGCAACUGCACUGCACCGUCAGCCCUAUGAUGCCGCAGGCAGACCCGCCUACGAUUAGCUUGAAUUCUACGGAGUUUGCAAACCUUCUGCGAGCUGAUUUAGAGCCAGAUCAGAGGGAUGAUUUUACCGCAUUUUGCCAGCAGUACAUGACUCCAUCAAUGACAGAGUUCAUGCAAGACCGCUUGGAAGCGGAUUCAGGACGCGGGAAGCCUAUACUUCAACGCAAAACGCAAGUACAGCAACAGGGCGGCCGUCCGCAAAUGAAGACCCACAAUACAACGGACAAGUCGAGCGAAUACACAGCCGUCUACACGCCCGAACACGGAUUGGAGGUUAAAAAAUUAGUAAAAGAGAUCUGCGAUCUCAUUCGGAACAAGUCUGCUUUCAAGAAGCCAGUGGUAAAAGAAAAACUUGAGAGACUUUUUGCGAUGCGCCUUUCCAACGGAGACGCAUUCCUGCACAUGAGCUUGUGCAAUAAUAGAGGUAGUUUCGAAUACAUAGUGAAAUUACUGCACUCUAUGAAAAUGCACCAUCUCAUAAACCUCGCCAAUGACCUCGAGCAGACGAUUCUACACUUGGCCAUCAUCAACGAUCUUCCGCAGUUAGUGACCGUCAUCAUAGCCAACGGUGGCGACCCAAUGCUGGGUGACCAAGAUGGCAACAACGUAGUGCAUUACGCCGCGCAGUGCGGCGUCUGCAUGCAGCCGUUACUAGACGCCAUCAAGAAGAACAAAGUGCCGUGUGACCUUAACGCCGUCAACAAAGAAAAACAAACGGCCCUCCACUUAGCCGUGGUCCCCGGGACCGAGCCGGCCGACAUCGAAGCCGCGAAGCAGUCCAUAAGACUGCUCCUCCAACACGGGGCCAGCCACAACGCGCGCGACGCGGAGGGCCGCACGCCGCUCCACCUCACCGCUUACGACGACCGCUUGCCUCUCGCUAGGGUGCUCUUGGACCACAUGCCCGAGAGUGACAUCGAUGCUGUGGACAGCCGUGGCUACACGGCCCUCCAAAUCGUAUGCGGCGGCGAAAUAAGAGAAAACACCAUCGAAUUUAUGAAAUUGCUCAUUGAGAGAAAGGCGGAUCCUUACACAAACGACCAACAUACGGAGUCCGCGUGGAUUUUAUCACGCGACAAACUGGAGCUGCGCGCCGCGCUAGCGGAGCUUCUCGACUGCGACACCGACGUCAAGUCCGAGCCGGAGGAUGAGUACGAGUCGGCCGAUGAAGGGGAUGAGCCGUGCCUGAGCGACCUACCUCUAUACGGCACCGAACUAGCCACUAUGCUAGACAAGUCGGGCGACUGGCGCGUGUUAGCCGCGCGGCUGCGACACCACGCGCUCGCCAACUGGUACGAGAACACGCCCAGCCCCACCCGCACACUGCUCGCGCAGCUGAAGGAAAGCCAGGACAGCACCAUGACCUCGAAGUCUCUGAUGCUGAUACUCGAAGACCUGGGCCUGGUGGAGGCGGCGAAAAUUAUUCGCAAUAGAGCCAGCACUCUCGACUAGACUCCACUUUUAAGGCUUGUAUUAUGUACAAUACUCUCCUUGUCAUUCCGUACUAA